ACAUAGAAAUGCAUUCACCGCGCACCUGUUAUGUUUAUAUUGAACUUCCUUGUUUACCUUACUGCCAACAGCACACUACACAUAGAGUAAAUGACAUUCAAACAUUUAUAAAAGAUAUUGGUAUGAAAAAAGAGUGAUAUGGUAGAAGAUUGACGUUAUGGAUGUAAUUAACCCUAGGGUGAUUUACCUAGACAAUUUGCGCAGUGAUAUCGGCUUGAAGAACCUCAAAGAUAACAUUUACAAUUUGUUUGUCCAUUACCUGGGAAUAGACAUUGCUCCCAAUGACAUCUUCAUACACACCAACCAUGGAAAAGAUUCCUGGUACGCUUAUGUCAAUUGCCAUGAGGAACAUCAGGCAGAAUAUGUUCUUGAUCAACUAAAAUCUUGGGAUUCAAGGCGUCGAACAAGAUUCAAUUACACCUCUAUUUGUGCAGUUUCUCAGUCACUGGCAUCAGGGUACAAAACUGAGACUGUACGGAAAAAGAAAUCACGGAAGAAGCCAAAACACAAAGGUGGAGAGGAUAUUGACUACCAAAACUCAUAUCAAGAGGAAAAUUUAUUUAGUGCUCCUUUAAGUAAUGGUUUUCAGAAUUCAAAGAAAACUAAGGAUCCAGUGCAUGGAAUUUAUUUAGAAGGGGAGCAACUUGGGAACGAAACAAGAAACAAAGAAUUUAAAAAGGGAGGUGGAGAAUAUAUAAAGAAUGUAAUGAAGAAGCAUGUUUCAAAAUAUGUGUGUGCAUUUUUAAAUAGUGGGGAAGAAGGGACACUGUACAUUGGAGUCAAUGACGAUGGUUAUGUGGAGGGAAUUCUUUGUCCGCAAUCUUUGGAGGAUGAAGUGAGGCUGCAUAUUGAUGAAGCAAUAAAGGCCAUUAGCCCAUCUGUGUUUACCAACAUCUAUACUGUCAAAUUCACACCUGUAUAUUUUCAAGUAGGAGUUCCUAAAGAGAAUCACAAGGUCAUAGAAAUAAUUGUCCAUGGCACUGGAGACAUAGAUAGACUGUACCACUCUCCCCAUGGGGUUUUCCUGAGAAGGGAUGGAGGGGUGCAGAAACUGGGUGUGGCAGAAGUCCAGGAGUGGUCGGUUCAAAAACACCAGAAAAAGAUACAGAUAUUGGAGGAAAGACUAAAGAGACAAGAAGACAUGUUUGAAGCUAGAAUAUCACAUGAGGAGAAGGAGAAAAAGUCCAAAGUCUGUGUGGUUAUGUAGCUCCAUUAAUCAGUCCAUUUAUAUCACAUCGGUGCCUUAAAAUAUGAUGGAUGUCAUUCAUGUUAUGAUUUUGCAUAUUACAAUGAUAUGACAUAAAACUUUUUUAUGAAUUACUGUUGAAAUAAUUUUAUGCUCUUUUAAAUCUAAAAGACAACCUUAACCAAAUCAAAUGUUCAUUGAAAUGGAAUGCAAUAUCUUAGCAAGGAUACAUGUUGUUGCAGUGGAUUUUGUACAGUGCAUGUAUAAGGUAAUAAUGAAGCUUGUCAAUUAAGAUAUGAUUUACAAUAACCUAGAACAGUUUUAACAAGAGCUAAUGGACUUUCUGUGGGAUGUUGAUAUCUAGUUUGCUCAUCAAAACAAGCUGUCAAACAUUGACCUGCUUCUAAAUUGCUAAGAGAAGCUGAUUAAUAUUCAUAGACUGUCAAAACCGGAAAGUUGUUUGCCAAGAUCUGCUCUGCUGUGUGAAAUUGACACUGUUUCAGCGAAAUAUACUUCUCUGGGUGAAGUCCAGCGAGUGUCAUUGUGUUCAAUAUAUUCAUAUUUAUUAGCCAAUGACUGGACAGCUAACCAUGAAUAGACCACGCCUUUGUCAAAUCGGAGAUUGUCACGUACUGCUCAAAGUCCAAGCUCUUGUUAAAACGGAUCUAAUUACAGUCUAUAAUGAUGCUGCCAUUUCUUUUAUCUGAUUUUUAUAUAUGCACAGGUGUAGGAUUUUUGAAGUUUUCAAGUGGGGGAGGGAUGGGGUGUGCACCGAGUAAUGAUUUUGUUUGUUAAGGGUAAGGGGAGGGGGGAGGGAUCCAAAUUUAGACCAUUUUUGAUAGUUUUACUAUGUGAAUUAAUAAAUUUGAAUUUAACCCUCCCCCUUGCUUGAUCCACACAUGAAUCAUUUGUGAUCGAUGAAUAUAUGUGGAAAGAUAAAUUAACCGGUGCUUUUCAUAAUCAUAUGUAGUACAUACAUUUAUGCAAUAAUACAUGUAUUAUACCCUUUAUUUUUUUGUCAGUGCUUCUUUUUUGCCUUUCCUUUAAUAUCAAAGAGUCAAAUAUGAGAUGUUUUUAUUGACUAUAAAUAAUUGUGACUUUUAUAUGUAAGCAUUCCCAAAUCUUCUACCAUAUAAACAAUUUUGGUUGUGAUAAUUACACUUAUAUAAUGUUUGCUUUUUAAACAUGUACAUUCAAUGUGGUUUUAAUCAUUAUACAACACUAAGUAUUAGCCCACUUUUGCUGUGAUACACGACGUGUGAUGUUUUAUAUUAGUAUCCUGCACAUUUGAUUAUAGACUCGCAAGAUUUUACAAGGCUCAAUUUUUUAUGUAUUUUUUUGGUGACAUAAUAUAUUUUUGGUAUAUUUUCAAGUUAUGGUGUAUUGUUAAGAUUAAGGGUAACAUCUGCUGUUUACUGUGUAAUUUGUAUAUUAUACAUGUUGUAUUUGUUAUAAUGCUCAUAUUGAUGAAAUCAAUACAUGUAUUGCAUUAGCAGCAUUUUUAGACAUUUUGAUUUUUUUUUUCACACAUCUUGAAAUAAAAGACUUACUUAGUA